UUGGAAAUCUAAGGCUCUCAUCGUUGGCCGCAUAGACAAUGACAGAAGAUUCCGACUCGAUAUCUGAGGAAGAACGCAGUUUGUUCCGUCCCUUUACCCGCGAAUCAUUGGUGCAAAUCGAACAACGCAUUGCCGCUGAACAUGAAAAGCAGAAGGAGCUGGAAAGAAAGAGAGCCGAGGGAGAGGUGCCGCAAUAUGGUCGCAAGAAAAAACAAAAAGAAAUCCGAUAUGAUGACGAGGACGAGGAUGAAGGUCCACAACCGGAUCCUACACUUGAACAGGGUGUGCCAAUACCUGUUCGAUUGCAGGGCAGCUUCCCGCCGGAAUUGGCCUCCACUCCUCUCGAGGAUAUCGAUCCCUACUACAGCAAUGUACUGACAUUCGUAGUUGUAAGCAAAGGAAAAGAUAUUUUUCGCUUUUCUGCAUCAAAAGCAAUGUGGAUGCUCGAUCCAUUCAAUCCGAUACGUCGUGUGGCCAUUUACAUUCUAGUGCAUCCAUUAUUUUCCCUAUUCAUCAUCACCACAAUUCUCGUCAACUGCAUCCUGAUGAUAAUGCCGACAACGCCCACGGUUGAGUCCACUGAGGUGAUAUUCACCGGAAUCUACACAUUUGAAUCAGCUGUUAAAGUGAUGGCACGAGGUUUCAUUUUAUGCCCGUUUACGUAUCUUAGAGAUGCAUGGAAUUGGCUGGACUUCGUAGUAAUAGCUUUAGCUUAUGUGACCAUGGGUAUAGAUUUAGGUAAUCUAGCAGCCCUGCGAACGUUUAGGGUGCUGCGAGCGCUUAAAACCGUAGCCAUUGUGCCAGGCUUGAAGACCAUCGUCGGCGCCGUCAUCGAAUCGGUGAAGAAUCUGCGCGAUGUGAUAAUCCUGACCAUGUUCUCCCUGUCGGUGUUCGCGUUGAUGGGCCUACAGAUCUACAUGGGCGUGCUCACGCAGAAGUGCAUCAAGAAGUUCCCGCUGGACGGCUCCUGGGGCAAUCUGACCGACGAGAACUGGGACUAUCACAAUCGCAAUAGCUCCAAUUGGUACUCCGAGGACGAGGGCAUCUCAUUUCCGUUGUGCGGCAAUAUAUCCGGUGCGGGGCAAUGCGACGACGACUACGUGUGCCUGCAGGGGUUUGGUCCGAAUCCGAAUUACGGCUACACCAGCUUCGAUUCGUUCGGAUGGGCUUUCCUGUCCGCCUUCCGGCUGAUGACACAGGACUUCUGGGAGGACCUGUACCAGCUGGUGUUGCGCGCCGCCGGACCAUGGCACAUGCUGUUCUUUAUAGUCAUCAUCUUCCUAGGUUCAUUCUAUCUUGUGAAUUUGAUUUUGGCCAUUGUUGCCAUGUCGUAUGACGAAUUGCAAAAGAAGGCCGAAGAAGAAGAGGCUGCCGAAGAGGAGGCGAUACGUGAAGCGGAAGAAGCUGCCGCCGCCAAAGCGGCCAAGCUGGAGGAGCGGGCCAAUGCGCAGGCUCAGGCAGCAGCGGAUGCGGCUGCCGCCGAAGAGGCUGCACUGCAUCCGGAAAUGGCCAAGAGUCCGACGUAUUCUUGCAUCAGCUAUGAGCUAUUUGUUGGCGGCGAGAAGGGCAACGAUGACAACAACAAAGAGAAGAUGUCCAUUCGGAGCGUCGAGGUGGAGUCGGAGUCGGUGAGCGUUAUACAAAGACAACCAGCACCUACCACAGCACACCAAGCUACCAAAGUUCGUAAAGUGAGCACGACAUCCUUAUCCUUACCUGGUUCACCGUUUAACAUACGCAGGGGAUCACGUAGUUCUCACAAGUACACGAUACGGAACGGACGUGGCCGCUUUGGUAUACCCGGUAGCGAUCGUAAACCAUUGGUAUUGUCAACAUAUCAGGAUGCCCAGCAGCACUUGCCCUAUGCCGACGACUCGAAUGCCGUCACCCCGAUGUCCGAAGAGAAUGGGGCCAUCAUAGUGCCCGUGUACUAUGGCAAUCUAGGUUCUCGGCACUCAUCGUAUACCUCGCAUCAGUCCCGAAUAUCGUAUACCUCACAUGGCGAUCUACUCGGCGGCAUGGCCGUCAUGGGCGUCAGCACAAUGACCAAGGAGAGCAAAUUACGCAACCGCAACACACGCAAUCAAUCAGUGGGCGCCACCAAUGGCGGCACCACCUGUCUGGACACCAAUCACAAGCUCGAUCAUCGCGACUACGAAAUUGGCCUGGAGUGCACGGACGAAGCUGGCAAGAUUAAACAUCAUGACAAUCCUUUUAUCGAGCCCGUCCAGACACAAACGGUGGUUGACAUGAAAGAUGUGAUGGUCCUGAAUGAUAUCAUCGAACAGGCCGCUGGUCGGCACAGUCGGGCAAGCGAUCGCGGUGUCUCCGUUUACUAUUUCCCAACAGAGGACGAUGACGAGGAUGGGCCGACGUUCAAAGACAAGGCACUCGAAGUGAUCCUCAAAGGCAUCGAUGUGUUUUGUGUGUGGGACUGUUGCUGGGUUUGGUUGAAAUUUCAGGAGUGGGUAUCGCUCAUCGUCUUCGAUCCCUUCGUCGAGCUCUUCAUCACGCUGUGCAUUGUGGUCAACACGAUGUUCAUGGCGAUGGAUCACCACGAUAUGAACAAGGAGAUGGAGCGCGUGCUCAAGAGUGGCAACUAUUUCUUCACGGCCACCUUUGCCAUCGAGGCCACCAUGAAGCUGAUGGCCAUGAGCCCCAAGUACUAUUUCCAGGAGGGCUGGAACAUCUUCGACUUCAUCAUCGUGGCCCUAUCGCUGCUGGAACUCGGACUGGAGGGUGUCCAGGGUCUGUCCGUCUUGCGUUCCUUUCGAUUGCUGCGUGUAUUUAAACUGGCCAAGUCUUGGCCAACACUUAAUUUACUCAUUUCGAUUAUGGGACGUACCAUGGGCGCUUUGGGUAAUCUGACAUUUGUACUUUGCAUUAUCAUCUUCAUCUUUGCGGUGAUGGGAAUGCAACUGUUCGGAAAGAAUUAUCAUGAUCACAAGGACCGCUUUCCGGAUGGCGAUCUGCCGCGCUGGAACUUCACCGACUUUAUGCACAGUUUCAUGAUCGUGUUCCGGGUGCUAUGCGGAGAAUGGAUCGAGUCCAUGUGGGACUGCAUGUACGUGGGCGACGUCUCGUGCAUUCCCUUCUUCUUGGCCACCGUUGUCAUCGGCAAUCUUGUGGUACUUAACCUUUUCUUAGCCUUGCUUUUGUCCAAUUUUGGCUCAUCUAGCUUAUCAGCGCCGACUGCCGAUAACGAUACGAAUAAAAUAGCCGAGGCCUUCAAUCGAAUUGGCCGAUUUAAAAGUUGGGUUAAGCGUAAUAUUGCUGAUUGUUUCAAGUUAAUACGUAACAAAUUGACAAAUCAAAUAAGUGAUCAACCAUCAGGUGAGAGGACCAACCAGAUCAGUUGGAUUUGGAGCGAAGAGCAUGGUGACAACGAACUGGAGCUGGGCCACGACGAGAUCCUCGCCGACGGCCUCAUCAAAAAGGGGAUCAAGGAGCAGACGCAACUGGAGGUGGCCAUCGGGGAUGGCAUGGAGUUCACGAUACACGGCGACAUGAAGAACAACAAGCCGAAGAAAUCCAAAUAUCUAAAUAACGCAACGAUGAUUGGCAACUCAAUUAACCACCAAGACAAUAGACUGGAACACGAGCUAAACCAUAGAGGUUUGUCCUUACAGGACGACGACACUGCCAGCAUUAACUCAUAUGGUAGCCAUAAGAAUCGACCAUUCAAGGACGAGAGCCACAAGGGCAGCGCCGAGACGAUGGAGGGCGAGGAGAAGCGCGACGCCAGCAAGGAGGAUUUAGGUCUCGACGAGGAACUGGACGAGGAGGGCGAAUGCGAGGAGGGCCCGCUCGACGGUGAUAUCAUUAUUCAUGCACACGACGAGGAUAUACUCGAUGAAUAUCCAGCUGAUUGCUGCCCCGAUUCGUACUAUAAGAAAUUUCCGAUCUUAGCCGGUGACGAUGACUCGCCGUUCUGGCAAGGAUGGGGCAAUUUACGACUGAAAACUUUUCAAUUAAUUGAAAAUAAAUAUUUUGAAACAGCUGUUAUCACUAUGAUUUUAAUGAGUAGCUUAGCUUUGGCAUUAGAAGAUGUACAUCUGCCACAAAGACCCAUACUGCAGGAUAUUUUAUACUAUAUGGACAGAAUAUUUACGGUUAUAUUCUUCUUGGAAAUGUUAAUCAAGUGGUUGGCGCUCGGCUUCAAAGUGUACUUCACCAACGCGUGGUGUUGGCUGGAUUUCGUGAUUGUCAUGGUAUCGCUUAUCAACUUCGUUGCUUCACUUGUUGGAGCUGGUGGUAUUCAAGCCUUCAAGACUAUGCGAACGUUAAGAGCACUGAGACCACUACGUGCCAUGUCCCGUAUGCAGGGCAUGAGGGUCGUCGUUAAUGCGCUGGUACAAGCUAUACCGUCCAUCUUCAAUGUGCUAUUGGUGUGUCUAAUAUUUUGGCUAAUUUUUGCCAUAAUGGGUGUACAGCUUUUUGCUGGAAAAUAUUUUAAGUGCGAGGACAUGAAUGGCACGAAGCUCAGCCACGAGAUCAUACCAAAUCGCAAUGCCUGCGAGAGCGAGAACUACACGUGGGUGAAUUCAGCAAUGAAUUUCGAUCAUGUAGGUAACGCGUAUCUGUGCCUUUUCCAAGUGGCCACCUUCAAAGGCUGGAUACAAAUCAUGAACGAUGCUAUCGAUUCACGAGAGGUGGACAAGCAACCAAUUCGUGAAACGAACAUCUACAUGUAUUUAUAUUUCGUAUUCUUCAUCAUAUUUGGAUCAUUUUUCACACUCAAUCUGUUCAUUGGUGUUAUCAUUGAUAAUUUUAAUGAGCAAAAGAAAAAAGCAGGUGGAUCAUUAGAAAUGUUCAUGACAGAAGAUCAGAAAAAGUACUAUAAUGCUAUGAAAAAGAUGGGCUCUAAAAAACCAUUAAAAGCCAUUCCAAGACCAAGGUGGCGACCACAAGCAAUAGUCUUUGAAAUAGUAACCGAUAAGAAAUUCGAUAUAAUCAUUAUGUUAUUCAUUGGUCUGAACAUGUUCACCAUGACCCUCGAUCGUUACGAUGCGUCGGACACGUAUAACGCGGUCCUAGACUAUCUCAAUGCGAUAUUCGUAGUUAUUUUCAGUUCCGAAUGUCUAUUAAAAAUAUUCGCUUUACGAUAUCACUAUUUUAUUGAGCCAUGGAAUUUAUUUGAUGUAGUAGUUGUCAUUUUAUCCAUCUUAGGUCUCGUACUUAGCGAUAUUAUCGAGAAGUACUUCGUGUCGCCGACCCUGCUCCGAGUGGUGCGUGUGGCGAAAGUGGGCCGUGUCCUUCGACUGGUCAAGGGAGCCAAGGGCAUUCGGACACUGCUCUUCGCGUUGGCCAUGUCGCUGCCGGCCCUGUUCAACAUCUGCCUGCUGCUGUUCCUGGUCAUGUUCAUCUUCGCCAUCUUCGGCAUGUCGUUCUUCAUGCACGUGAAGGAGAAGAGCGGCAUCAACGACGUCUACAACUUCAAGACCUUUGGCCAGAGCAUGAUCCUGCUCUUUCAGAUGUCGACGUCAGCCGGUUGGGAUGGUGUACUGGACGCCAUUAUCAAUGAGGAAGCAUGCGAUCCACCCGACAACGACAAAGGCUAUCCGGGCAAUUGUGGUUCAGCGACCGUUGGAAUAACGUUUCUCCUCUCAUACCUAGUUAUAAGCUUUUUGAUAGUUAUUAAUAUGUACAUUGCUGUCAUUCUCGAGAACUAUAGUCAGGCCACCGAGGACGUGCAAGAGGGUCUAACCGACGACGACUACGACAUGUACUAUGAGAUCUGGCAGCAAUUCGAUCCGGAGGGCACCCAGUACAUACGCUAUGAUCAGCUGUCCGAAUUCCUGGACGUACUGGAGCCCCCGCUGCAGAUCCACAAACCGAACAAGUACAAGAUCAUAUCGAUGGACAUACCCAUCUGUCGCGGUGACCUCAUGUACUGCGUCGACAUCCUCGACGCCCUUACGAAAGACUUCUUUGCGCGGAAGGGCAAUCCGAUAGAGGAGACGGGUGAGAUCGGUGAGAUAGCGGCCCGCCCGGAUACGGAGGGCUACGAGCCCGUCUCAUCAACGCUGUGGCGUCAGCGUGAGGAGUACUGCGCCCGGCUAAUCCAGCACGCCUGGCGAAAGCACAAGGCGCGCGGCGAGGGAGGUGGGUCCUUCGAGCCGGAUACGGAUCAUGGCGAUGGCGGUGAUCCGGAUGCCGGGGACCCGGCGCCCGAUGAACCAACGGACGGCGAUGCGCCCGCUGGUGGUGAUGGUAGUGUUAACGGUACUGCAGAAGGAGCUGCCGAUGCCGACGAGAGUAAUGUAAAUAGUCCGGGUGAGGAUGCAGCGGCAGCAGCAGCAGCAGCAGCGGCGGCGGCGGGCACGACGACGGCGGGAAGUCCCGGAGCGGGUAGCGCCGGGCGACAGACCGCCGUUCUCGUGGAGAGCGACGGGUUCGUGACGAAGAACGGCCACAAGGUGGUCAUCCACUCGCGAUCGCCGAGCAUCACGUCGCGCACGGCGGAUGUCUGAGCCAGGCCUCGCACCCCCCUCCAAGAUGCACGCGAGUAUUAGCAUGAGUACGUGUUGGAUGUUGCACGUUGCAUCAGCGAUGCAGCAGCGUUGCAGCAGCGACAACAGUGAGCUAACAACAACAGCAACCAGGCGAACAACAAGCAUAAUUUUCUGCUAUAUAAUGAAAGAAACCAUACAAACAAAUACAACAACAAUAACAGAUACAAACAAACAACAACAACAACAUCAAGAGAACAAAGAACAACAACAAACCCGAUGGUAUAACGACGAAGAUGAACAACAACAACAACAAUUAGAACUCAAGUGUAACGUCUUUGAUUUGAAACAUACAUAUUUGUAUACCCGCAUUAUUCAGUUAACGAGUCAGCAACCAACAACAAUCAUACUUAAGCUAAACCGAAAUGUCUAAUUAAUUUAUAAGCAGCUCGUAGUCCAAUCCAUAUAGGCGUUUUUCCGAACAACUAUUUGCCUAAGCAGGUGGAUGCAGAAAAAGAAGAAGAAACCCAUGAAACAAACACACUCCCACACAUCAACAUAAUCAUAAACAAUUAUAAUCCACGGAAAGCAAAAAAAAGAAACAAAUCAACACGGAUAACAAAAUUGAAGAACGACGAACAAGCUCUAAAAAUUGUAUUUGCCAGUAGUGAGAGAGCAAAAACACGCUUUAUUUAAUUACCUACUUGCGAAACCUUAAAGCAAAUACCAAAUAACAAAAACAAUGAAAAUGGCGAGCAAGUGACGGUAAAGAUAAGGAAGCAGAAGCAAAUCCACAAAAAACAAAACCAAUCCCCGAAAGCAACAUUCUAUAAUAAACAAGAUAAACCCUUUUAACUUAUUCUAAAUGAGAUGAGAACAACACCAAUUUGCAUAGAUUGUAUUGUAUGUAUGUACAUUUAUCCAGCUAAAUAAUGAAAAGCCAAAUGGUUAAAAUCAAAAGCGGACCCAAAACUAGAAACUAAAGCGACACCAAUAUAAAAACAAAUACCGCCUGAACUGCCAUUGAAAGCAAUACGAACCAAAAACUAGAGAAACAAACAAUAGCGAAAGCUGCUAGAUGUCAAAGUAUAAUCACACAACAUCCAUACACCCACUCACACCAACACCCGCACACACACACACACACACACAGAAGGAGGGGAAAUGGUCACCAGGAGAGUAAUAGGCAGACAGAGUUAUUUCACAUUCAGAUACGAUCGAACUAUAUAAUCGGGCAUUCCCUUUGCAGUUUCGAUUCAGGCGAUGACAUCCCAACCCAUUGGGUCAGCAAGAAAGUUCAAAGCAAACAUUUUAACCAUAGCGAUCGCAUAUUUGAGGUUAUGUCUCAUUUUGAGAUUAUGUCCUCCCUUUGAGGUUAUGUUCUCACUUUGAGGUUAUGUCCUCAACAACAUACACACUCCCACACACACACAAAAACACCGACACAAAGCGACAACAGUACCGAACAAAUCCUUGGAGCUGGGGCGCAUGGAGCCGCAGAAAGUGAGAUAAAGACGAGUGAAACCUUCAACGAAGACCUUAGCAAUUCAAAUUUGAAUUCGAUCAGUCAAAAACCAAUUUACAAAAACAAUUAACAAAGAACGCUGACCAAAGAAUUAAGAACGAAGAAAACGCGCAAGAAGUGAAUAAAUGAAACGAACAAUGCCGAGAAUGUGAAGUGAAAGAGAACACAUUACCGAAACAAGUUUAAAGCGAGGCGAAGCAAGUGCUAAAAGACAAGAAAAUAAAAACAAUUCGGAAAAUAGCAGAAGAAGCGUUUGUGCCUAGCACAAAAUAAAAAAAAAAAACAGCAAAUAGAGAUACGAAAACGAGUGAACAAUUUGAACAAGUUUUUGUUUUCAAGUGCUCUAUUUUCGCAUACUUCUUUUUAUCUUUAACCUACAAGUAGAGUCGAGCAAAGACCGAGAUUAAUGGUUAACUACACAAUGAGCAAGGAGAGUAAAUACCAAACGAAUAUAUAUUACACAUAAUUAUAACAUAACUAAUUUAACUAAAAUACGAUAUUAAUACUGAAUUGAAUUCAAACAAAGUUUUAGCCAGACCGCUUAAAAGCGUAGCACACUUUUCAGCGCCAGUCGCCUUCGCAUUCGCUUUCCUUUCUUUAUCCGCCGCAAUCGCGUUAUAACGAUAGACGAUUGAAAUGUGAGCAAACCGAAAAUCGAUAACCGAUAACAAUCAAAAUAUGAAAAGAAAAAAACAAAAAAAAACAAAAGUAUUUCGAUCAGUUGUGCCCAAUUUUGCCAAGCUAAGCUUUGUUUGAAUAAGCUUUACUGCAUAUGAUUUCUUUGGUUUCUCUGUCGUAUGAUUUACUAGCUAGCAAUGCCUUUUUCGCCGCUGUUCAGUUAUGUAUCGACAAAACAACCGAUAACUGAUACCGAUUACGAUAACGAACAAUAAAACUCCAUCGAAUGGCCCCGCCACACUAAAGGUUGUGGAGCAGUUCGACCAGAGUGAAAAUUAUAUGUGAGGUUCCAUUGCGCACACAGUACACAGUACAGUACACACUCGCCACAUUGCCCAGUCACACUCACCCAACAUAUAGAAUCUCAGAUACAUGUAAAUGCUUUGCUUUUGCUUUGAAAUUGCUGCAAUCGUAGGAGGUGAAUGGGAAACGAAUACUUUGGGAUCAAUGCGUUUUUUGGUUUUGACAAUAAAACAACUACCAAUUCACCCACUGACACUAAUCACGUUUUUUGGGAAAACAUACACAGUUACAGACAUGGGCAUUGAAAGAAACUUCUUUCAGUGACGAAACGAGCCUCUUCUCGCUGACUUGCUCUCACUCGUUCUCCAACACAACACGAAUUGAAACUGUUAUACGAAACAUGCUUUCACACACUGCUUGACUUCUAACUAUCUGUUAAAUCAAAUACAAAUGCGGAACUUGUUCUAAGCACAUCCACAUCUUCCCACUAGAAGGUAAACAGCAUCUUACAAAAUUAAUCAACAUUGGGAAAUAACGAAUGACCCUCGGCCAACGAAUACCUUAAUUUGCCAUACCCUUUAGAUAUUUGAUAUUCUGUUCCAUUAGGUAUUUUCUUGGUAGACGCCAAUUUCCGGUUCUCAGUUUCUUUCAUUUAAUAUAUAAUGGCCAGAGUGUUUACAUUAACUUUCUGUGUUGGAUACCAGUAGUAUUUGUACAACAGUACUAUAACCGUUACACGACAGUCCUACAUUAGUUGCUUAACACGCUCAUAACAGUUGUAUCUCUGUUAUACUAAGCGAGAAGUCAAUCGUAAGGCAUUUGUAUAACGGUUUUAUGCCACAGUACAACAGUUGUAUAUCCGCUUGGUUUUUGCUUUACUAUAAAACACAACUGACUAUCUUAAAGGUUGACAACAAACACUCCAGUUACAUUUGGCCACUUUACAUCGAUCAGCUGUCUUUAUUUGUUCGCAAGACGUUUAAUAAAAAGAAAACCUUUUGCAUCCCGCAAUAGCUUCCCAAUACUAGACCGUUCCGAUUUCACAAGGCGAUCAAUCACUAUUUAUCCUAGCCAACACAAAAAAGUAACGCAAACAACAAAAAUUGUAGAGUAAUAACUUGUGUACAUUAUGGGGACCAGUUUAAGCGUUGCCUUAAAGUCCAAAAAUUAAGUGUUUAUUUAUUUGCGCACGCUUUUACAAGAGAGCUUUGUCGUUUAGAUCAGAUUAACCCCUUCUGUUUUGUGCCACGAACGGCACAUCCCCGCCAUCUUGACCCCGUGACCCCUUAACCCCUUGACCCCGUGACCGCUUAACCCCUAACCAAACCCCAAGACGUAACGCAACCCGACUCGAACAGACUCCAAUUUGGUUGGUCUUACAAUCAUCGUAUUACGUAUUUGUAUUUUAAACACACAUUGAUUUAACGCUUGCCGAUUGCCAAUUUUGUAACGACUUGAAUGUAGCUUCAUUAUUAUACAUUUUGUUGGCUGUUUGACAAAUAAUACGAGUACCCACUUUGAUGAAUAAUAGAUCACAUGGAAAUAACGCAAAACGAUAAAUCGCUUAGUCGAGAAUAAUAAACGAAACAUGCUAUAAACUAAUAACAGAAAAUUAAGUUUGAAAAUUCCGUACAAAAUGCAUAAGUUUAACGAAAAAAGCAUAUAAUACUGAUUGAACUUAACGCAUAAUAUAUCUACUUAUACUGAGUGCACUGUUAUAAACGAGGGGCGGGGCGAGAAUAAAUAAAAAAAAACAACAACAACAACAAAAACGAAUCAAACGAAAAAGAAAAACCAAACAUAUUAUAAUGGUAUAUACUUCAAGAUAUUCUACUAUCUAUGUGUGAAUAACAUCAUCUGCAAAACAACAGCCACACAUGAAGCUUAUGCGACAAGCAAACCGAAGAAAGAAAUAAAAAAAAACUUAAGAAGACGAGAGAAGAGAUACUCUAUAAUAAUAUAACUGUAAAUUUACGAUAAUAAAAGCCGAGAGAGGGAUAUGAAUUUUAGCAAGCGGUAAAUUCAAAACGAAACCGAAACGCAAAUCGAAAUCGAAAAGUUGAAAAUUAUAUAUGAGGACUCGAAGACGAAAAGGACGACGAUGUCGUGAAGAAGGGAUGAUAACGAUAUUGAUAAGGAAAUUUAUUUCAUAUUUUUAGCAUACGUGUAAACAUAUUUUUUGUGCCGAGGUUACGUUCGAAGCAACACGCGCAUCAUUGCCAUUAGACAAAAUAAAAUUAAUUAUAUAUACAAUAUGCCUAAAAAUAAUACAAAAAACAAAAAAAGAAAAAUAAAACUACCACUAAUAAUUAUAAAAAACAAAAAACAAAACAACUGCAUAUUUUGUGCUGCUGAAGAAAGUCACAACGCAACAAAAACAUGAUAACAAUAAAACAUAUAUAAAUUUCUAACAAUUUUUGAGCAAUAAAACCACACUCACACACACACAUACACACGCUCAUCACAGAAAUUUGCCGAAUAUUUUCACCGCCACUGUAUGCCCAACGGGCGUGCGAAAGAGAGCGAGAUGGCACUCCGCACUGCUCUCGCACACUUCGCACAGUGGCGCCGCAAAGUAUGCAACCAGGAAACAGAAAGCAGCGUUCUCAAAUACCAAAUAGAAAUGCAAUGGCAAAUGCUAGGAGAUGUUGCGGAUACAGAAGACGAUUAAACAUUUUUAGAUACACUUCGAAAAUCAAAGCGUGGAAAUUUCUAUAUUAGUUAAUAAUAAAUUCCUUUUUUUGUUAACUCACUAUAUUAAAAUGAAAACAAAGAUGGACAAAAACUUUAGCUUUAUACUCGUACAUUUGUAAUAUAUUACAUAAGUCUAGAUAAUUACAUAAAAACAAAGGAAAAAUAGAAAAUAUAUUAUAAAUUAUAAUUAUACAAAAGCAAAACCGAAAAAAAUUUUACAAAUAAAAAAAACACAAAAAAAAUUAAUAAAAACCCAAAUCAAACGAAGCAUAGCAAAUGAAAUUCAAAGUAAAUUCAUAAAUAGCGUACAAAAAUCGAAAUACAAAAAAAUGAAGAAAUCCCAAAAACGAACUGUAAAAAAAAAAAGAGAAAACAUUUAAAUGUAAAACAGCCAGUUAUUAUGCAUAGCUAAUAAAAUUCAAAAUACAGAGCAGGAGCGGGAGACGAAUCCAAGAAAUAAGAACAAUUAUUGCAAUUAGAUAUUCUACAUAAAAAAUUCGAGAUCUUUAGUAAAACAUAGGUUGCAUAUACAACCACACACAAGCAAAACACACAGACAGAGACACACACACACGCACACAUGCGCAUUCCCGAAUACAUCCGUAUAUGAGUAUAAUUUGAUUUCCGGCGACCUGUGGAUAGGCCGUUAUCCUGAUUUCGAGUGCUAUCAGUUGCCAACCCAUCCAUUCAGCACAUAGACAGACGCCAGUAAGGACCCACACGAGACACAGUACCAGACAGACCCCGAAUAAAAAGAUGCCACGCCAAGCAGCAGAGAUUAAGAUACCAAUCCAAGCCUAUACGAUACCGAAACCAAUACCAAACAGAACACAAGAACACACAAUUACGAAAGUUGCCAUCCAGCGAAGUAUUUGCAAUUUAUAUUGAGAGCAAGAGUUAAUAGCCGUUUAUAAAAGCCCGUUGAACACGAAAAACAAAUGAAAAAAAAAAAAAAAAAUGAGAAGAAAACCAAAAACAGACUGAAGAAAAUGAGAAUUAUUUAACAAGAAAAUUUAUAUAUAUGUAAUGAUAGCCAAUAGAGACAAGUGCAUCCAAGCUAUAUGAACAGAAUCACAAAUUGCCAAGCUGCUUUUACAUGCAUCCAGAGCUGAGCCCCAUCCACUCACUCGCACACACACACAGGGGGCCGGAUAUCCUGCCACGCCCCACACGACCGCCCACCCACGACACUCGGAUACACGAACACACUCACACACUGGCGAUUGAGUAGCUCAUGAAUAGAUUGAGAUGUGAGGGAAAUAUGUAUUUAUAUUUAUACACCAGCAGGCUAGCGAAAAUGGAUACAUGAUACUAAAGAGAAGCAUAAGUUAAAUAUACACAUUAAUGGAUGUCUUAAACUAAAGCAACAGCAGAAACUGACAAAUGCAAAUGCAAAAAUUAGCGAGAUUACAAUGAAAAAGUUUGCGAGGAGGAGACACAGGCACAGUUAGCAUAUUUUUUUUAUACAAAUACAAUUUAAGCAAACGAAUACGAAAAUCAACAAAUUGAAGUAAUAUAUUAGUGAGAAACCGAAGCAACUGAUGAUGUCUUUGUAAAGACUUUAUAUAUGCCUGCCAUAUGCCUACAUCUGCCUAGCUGUCUGACUCUAACACAAACACUGAGACACGAACACAACACUUUCUCCCUCCCCUACUUUCUCCCACUCUCCCCCCACUCUCUUUCUCUCGCUUGUGCAGACACGACACAGACACAGACAGACAAACUCCUGAGUAAGACCAUUCACAUCAUUCGAAACAAGGGCUUAGCUACCUACGAUGAGAAGCGCGGAGAGAGGCGCACUAUGAACUGGUUGAAAGCGCUGCAGCCGAAAAGAAAGUGCUCAGUCUUCUUCAUCGUGCCCUUGCAAGCUUUGUACUUCAUUAGCCCACCCUGAUUUCUAAGCCCGUUUUUUUGGGGAGCCUGCGUUGUGUCGCUGGCACCCCUCGACCUCGAAAAAUUCCUACAAACCGAGCCAGAGCCGUUGUUGAGCAACUCUAUUUGAUAGCAACUUCCCCGGCUACAAAUUCUUAGUGGUUCAAAUGGCUAUAGGACAACCGGACACAUACAAGCACACACACACACCCACUCAGACACUGAAAAUCUCCUCUUAGAGAUGAUAAAAGAUAUGUUCAUAUGAAUA